UCCGGCGGCGGCCGCCCCCGCGCAUGGGCGCCGCGCUGCAGGGGGCCUGACCCCCGCCGCCGGCACCGCGCCUCCCCAGCUCCGCGCCAUGGCGGCCCGCGCGCCCCCCGCCGCACCUGCGGCCGACGAGCCUGGGAGCCCCGGCGGCCCCCCGCGCAGGAAGAAGUCCCGCUCCGGCCUCCGCCGUGCCUUCAGCUGGCUGAGGGGCAAACGGCGCAAGAAGAAGGCGGCUGGGGCCGAGGGCGCCGAGUCCACAGCCCCGCGGGCUAAGAAAGCGGACGACAAGGCCAAGCGGGCCAAGGGCAAAAGCCGAGGCUCUGCUAAGGCCGAGAGUGACAACCAUCAGGGCGCAGGGCCCAGCCAGGGGCCAGGAUCUGUAGGAGAUGAACUUCAGGACAACGUUUUCUUCCCCAGCGGGAGACCUCCUCAUCUGGAAGAGCUGCACACACAGGCCCAGGAGGGGCUCCGCUCCCUACAGCACCAAGAAAGACAGAAGCUGAGCAAGGGUGGCUGGGACCAUGGAGACACCCAGAGCAUCCAGUCCUCCCGGACGGGGCCGGAUGAAGACACCAUCUCCAUCUGCAGCCAGAAGUCAUACUUGACAGAGAGCUCCACCGCGGAGGAUGCGCUCUCCAUCCGCUCAGAGAUGAUCCAGCGCAGAGGCUCCACCUUCAGACCCCAUGACUCAUUUCCCAAAUCUGGGAAGUCAGGAAGGCGACGGAGGGAGCGAAGGAGUACGGUGCUGGGGCUGCCUCAGCAUGUGCAGAAGGAGCUCGGCCUGCGGAACAACCGUGAGGCACCGGGCACUCCACAGCCUCCUGGUUCACGGGACGCUGUCCGCAUCCCCACGGUGGAUGGUCGCCCAGCGGGUCUGGCCUUAGGGACAGGAGUCCGAGUGUCCCUGCAGGCUCUGGAGGCGGAAACAGAGGCCGGCACGGAUGCAGAGGCUGUCAUCCAGCGCCACAUUGACCGUGUUUACCACGAUGACACACUUGUUGGCCGAUCCACGGGAGCCCGGCCACCGCCACUGACGAGGCCAAUGUCUCUCGCAGUGCCUGGAUUGACAGGAGGAGCAGGAUCUCCAGAGCCACUGAGCCCAGCCAUGUCAAUUUCACCCCAGGCCACCUACUUGUCGAAACUGAUCCCGCACGCUGUGCUGCCGCCCACCGUGGAUGUGGUGGCCCUGGGCCGCAGCAGCCUGCGCACUCUGAGCCGAUGCAGCCUGCUGUCUGCCAGCCCAGCUUCGGUUCGCUCCCUGGGCCGCUUCUCCUCGGCUUCCAGUCCACGGCCCCGCAGCCGCAACGCUUCCUCGUCCAGUGACAACUGGAGCCACUCUCAGUCCUCCGAGACCAUUGUGUCUGAUGGGUCCACUCUCUCCUCCAAGGGGGGCUCUGAGGGCCAGGCAGAAGGCUCUAUAGCUAGCAAUAAUGUGGCGCCCCCUCCUCCAGGCGGUAGUGGGCGGGGCUCCCCCAGCGGGGGUAGCACUGCGGAGGCCUCAGACACAGCCAGCAUCCGAAGCAGUGGGCAGCUGUCUGGCAGGAGUGUGUCCCUGCGUAAGAUGAAACGGCCUCCCCCGCCUCCCCGCCGGACCUACUCCCUCCAUCAGCGCGGCUCGGCAGUGCCUGAUGGGCCCUUGGGGUUGCCGCCCAAACCUGAGCGAAAGCAGCAGCCACAGCUGCCUCGCCCGCCCACCGCAGGUGGCUCUUCAGGGGUGGGGCCAGUAUCUUGUCCACCCAGCUCAGCGGGCACCUGGGGCUCUGGCUUGUCCCCAGGUGGCUCCAGGCGGCCCCCACGUUCCCCAGAACGGACACUUUCACCUUCAAGUGGCUACUCAAGCCAGAGCGGUACCCCAACUCUCCCUCCCAAGGGUCUGGCAGUUGCCCCUGCUUCUCCAGGCAAGGCUCAGCCCCCCAAACCAGAUCGAGUGACAUCCCUUAGAUCUCCUGGGGCCUCCGUAUCCUCUUCCCUUACAUCUCUGUGUUCCUCUUCUUCAGACCCUACUCCUUUAGACCGCUCUGGCCCACAAAUGUCUACCCCCUUGAGUGACAGGUUCGUCAUACCUCCUCAUCCCAAGGUGCCUGCUCCUUUCUCUCCACCACCUUCCAAGUCCAAGAGCUCGAACCAAGCUGCUCCUGUUCUUGCUGCCCCUGCUGUGGCUCCUGGGCCAGUGUCCGUCAUCGACACCAGUCCUGCAUCUCCUUCCAUGCCCCAGACAACCUUGACUCCAGCCCAGGAGUCUCCUGUUGCCUCCAAAGAUGAGUCACCACCACCAUCCCCACCCCCAUCUUACCAUCCACCCCCACCACCUACUAAGAAGCAAGAGGUGCUGGAGGAAGUCCCACCUCCUCCGGAAGCUGCUGUGGAGAUCCUUCCAGAUCCCAGCUGGCCACCACCACCACCACCUGCACCUGAGGAACAGGACCUGUCGAUGGCUGACUUCCCCCCUCCUGAGGAGGUCUUCUUCAAUGCAGGCCCUGAGCUUGGCCCUCUGGAGUCCUGCAGCUCUGAGGCUGCCGUCCCCCCAGCUGCUAGCUUGUCCCAGUCUCCUCCACCAGCUCCACCUCCUCCAGCUAGUUCUGGGUCAGAACCUCUGGCCAGGCUCCCACAGAAAGACUCAGUGGGCAAGAACAGCGGGGCUCCCAGGGAGGAUGCUGGCACACCUCUGGUCACACCCUCGCUCCUGCAGAUGGUCCGGCUUCGCUCUGUGGGUGCUUCCACAGGGAUUCCAAACCCUUCUCCGGGUUCAUCGGCCCCUCAGAAGCCUCUGCGAAGAGCCCUGUCUGGGCGCGCCAGCCCAGUGACUGCUCCCUCCUCUGGGCUCCAUGCUGCCGUCCGACUCAAGGCCUCCAGCCUGGCUGCCAGUGAAAGUCCUGCAAGUGCUCUGCCCACUGGAAUACCAGAGGCAGAGCCACGGUCGCCACAGUCUCCUGCCUCAAAGGCCAGUUUCAUCUUCUCCAAGGGCACCAAAAAACUGCAGCUUGAGAGGCCCGUGUCCCCCGAGGCCCAGGCUGACCUCCAGCGGAAUCUGGUGGCUGAACUUCGGAGCAUUUCAGAGCAGCGGCCACCUCCCCAGGCCCAGAAGAAGCCUUCCAAGGCUCCCCCACCAGUGGCCCGCAAACCCUCAGUGGGAGUCCCUCCUCCGUCCCCCAGUCUUCCCAGGGCAGAGUCUCUUACUGCUCCAUCCACCAAUGGGCUCCCUCACGCUGAGGACAGGACUAACGGGGAGCUGGCGGAGAAUGGAGGUGUGCAGCUGGCUGCUACAGAGAAGAUGGCCCCCCCUGGUUCAGAUCCACAGAAGAAACUGGUCUGACCGUCAUCACUCAACUGGCCCUGCUGACCCAUCCCAGGGAUACAGUCUCUCAGGGACCCGAGCAGCUCCAAGGAACAGAGGAUUUGGCAGACACAACCUAAGACAGGAUGCCUGCGGCCUUAAUCUCCACAGCCUCCAUGUUUAUGCAAGCCUGGUGUUGCCCAUCCUCCAAAUUACCCCUCCCCUCAUGCCUUUGCCUGAAAGGAUUCACCUCCAGCAGCCCUUCAGCCUCGGCCUUAGCCUCCACUUGAAGAAGGUAGCUGGUGGGAGGGGGUGGCUGUGCCCCCCCACCCCGGCCCCCAAGGCCACAGUGGUGGGAGGGGAGCAGAAUACGUUGUUUAUUUUGUUUCAUGUCUGGAAUCAUGUUUAUUGUAAUCCAGAAUCAAAGCACUUUGCAAAGUGGCUACAUGUCCAUCCUCCAGGGCUCAGGAAACAAUAUUCCAAGAGCCUGUUUACACAGUGGUAGCGCCAGUGCUUGGUAGCCAGCCCCCAGCUGGGACCAGUCUGUCCACUCUGCCAAUCCAGUCCACUCCUUUCCUUAGUUCUCGGAGAUGGGCAAGUCUCAUGCCCAUAGGCUCCCCAGGCUGCUGGCAGGAGUGGGGCUGUGGAAUUCCAAAGCACAAAAGGUGCAGUCGAGGCUAGCCUUCCUGUGCCUCAACUCACCACCAACCACUCUCCUGCCUUCCAGUUCUGUCAGGUGCUCCUUCUAGGGGACUCAUGGUGAGGAGAGAGAAGCCAGAGGAGGCCUGUGGGCACUAUACUAAGAAACCAAAAACCAGACUAGGGAGCCAUCUGGAUGUUGGCAUGUUGGGUACCUGUCCUGUGACACUUGAUUGUGCUUGGGUGGAUGGGCACAGCCUCAGAGCCAGGAGCUCAUGGGAUGUGUCCAUUUCGGCUUGGCAGAAAAUACUGCCAAGGUGUGGGGAGGGUCUGGCAGGGACUUCCUUCCUGGGCAGUGGGCCCAGGCCUAUUCCUCAGAUUCUUUCUCUGACCUGUCUCCACUCUUCGGUGCAUGUCCUUUCUGCAGCUACCUUUCUGCCAGGUGGAGGGAGCUGUGGGUUUGUGGCCAAGAUGGGGAGCCAAAGGCUUAUGUUACUACCCCAGGCUCUUCUCUAGAAGAGGGGAUAAGCCGUGAUCUUUCCAGCAGGCCGGUGGCUAUCCCCAGAGAGCAGCCUCUGCUUUCUCUUCCUAGAAUCUCAUGACUUGUACCACCUCGAGGUGAGCUGGAGUUCCUGUAGGCUCCAUGGCUGCUGGGAGGGAGGACAAUCAAAUUAAGUCCUUUUCUGCCCCAGGAUGCAGGGCUGGUCGGAAGCCCUCGGGGACGGGGAGGCAGCCGCCUUGGCUUCCCCUCUCCUGGGUCGCUGGAGCUCUUGCCCUGGCUUGGGUUCUUCUCUGUGUUUCCCCACCGGGUGGGCCACAGUACAAAGAAGGAAGGAGAGUCUACAAGAGACAUCUCUGUCCUCUGGGGUAAAUGAGCUUGACCUUGUGCAAAUGGAGAGACCAAAAGCCUCUGAUUUUUAAUUUGCAUAAAAAUAUUAGAAGAGAGAAAUAUAUAUCUAUAUUUCCUUACUUUGAGUCUUUGAUAUGUCUCUAUAAACAAUCCUUUCCCUAUGCCUCCUCCUCUGAAGCUUGAGUGAGACACAUGACAAAGCUGUGUUUCAUUAAAAGGUAUUAAUUAAAUGAUUGAAACUUG